UCGAAAACGGCUAAACGGUCGCAGUAAAGUUAAAAAUGUGAUUACUAGUGACGUGAAUUCUCGCUAAGCCUUGCAUAACUAAAUUAUACAUUUAAAUUUUGCAAUACUCAACUGGGUUGUAUUCAUUGUAGACAUAAUGACGACAUAUAAUAAAAUAUAUAUUUUUAUUAGGAGUUGAUAAUUUUUAAGUGUUCGGUCGGGGAUUUCAAUUAAAGUGGGUGGUAUCACUGAUAUGUGAUGCCACACUUCUCGAUAGGCAAGACGGAUAGAGAUAAGAAGAACGAAAAGCGACAAAAAAGGAAACGAAUAUCAGAUAUGAGGGUCGAUAUUCGCGGCCUAAAGUGCGCAAAAGCACUCAGAGCUGUAAAAGUUGCCAUGUACGAAAGCAGUUGCUCCUACACCGGAGCCCUAGAAUUCAAGAGAAGUGCUUUGAAAGAAGAACCCUGGCCGGCCACAGAAUGGCCACCUUAUCGCAUUCACCAGUCGACUUUCGAGCAAUUAAAACAGAGUGUGGAGAAAGCCAAAGCUGCGUUACAGGAUCGAUCUGGAUUUUUGGGAACUGCUUCUGCUUUCGGUGACUUUUAUGGAGGUCAGUUGGCACAGGAUGGGUCAAACACAAUUGGUUUUGGAAGGACAUCGAGAACGGAAGACUCAAUGCUGGGAAUCGAUAAGAGCAAAAGUAUAGGUACAGAUAAACUUAGCGGGCUAAGUAAAGGUUAUUCGUCAAGCAGCCUCACAGAAUCAUUGCGUUCAACGAAAUGUACGGAUGCGUCCUACAAGAGCUCGUGGUCUACACAUGCGUCGUCACAGGGUACACAAGGAUAUGGAACCAACUCUUUAUCAGCGAUGUCGAAAUCGACUCUUGACGCCCACACACACUUGCGCCAACCGGAUCCAUAUCAGAUGUUUGGGCCAACAAGCAGUCGGCUAGCUAAUUCAGGAUCAGGUCAAAUUCAGCUGUGGCAGUUUCUACUUGAGCUACUGAGUGAUUCGAGCAACGCUGGUUGUAUCACUUGGGAAGGCACCAAUGGCGAGUUCAAGCUCACGGACCCUGAUGAAGUCGCACGCCGUUGGGGAGAACGGAAGUCGAAGCCAAAUAUGAACUACGACAAACUAAGCCGAGCGUUAAGAUAUUACUACGACAAGAACAUAAUGACGAAAGUGCAUGGCAAGCGCUAUGCUUACAAGUUUGAUUUCCAAGGACUGGCUGCGGCAACUCAACCUGCUGCCACUGAUCAGGCAUACAAAUACCAGAGCGAUCUAUUCAUGAGCUCUUACCAUCACUCGGCGAAACUGUCCUCUUUUAUGGCUCCGCAUGCUGCUAUGCCAACGUCCACAGCUUCAAUAUUUCCAUCAGCUUCGUGGAGUAAUUGGGGUGGUGGAGGGGGAAACCUGUAUUCCCCCCAUUCCAUGGCCCCACCCCAUGUCGCCUCUCACCUGGGCACCUACCCUCACUACGCAUGACCAGCUUUAUAGACUCCAAGUUACACUUAUAUGUAACAUCUUUGGCACUGUCCUAAUUGGCAUUCGUUAGUAUGUUCUUGUACCCACAUUAAUAUUAAUAUGUAAUUAAAUAAAUUCUUUUGAUUAACAAUAAAGCCUUACAAAAAAACUUGGUUUAAAGUUAUACCUGCGAAUUAACCAAGAAUAUGCAAAAUGUUGACUAUAUCUCUGAUGACAAUGAAAACAACUGACUUUCUGACAACAAUAAUUCUUGGUUUAUUAUGAUGUUAUAACAUUAUACCAAUUUUAUUUGUAAGGCCGUUAAUGUUUAAAUUUUGGUAUCGUCAUUAAAAUUAUUUAAAUCACUCAGUUACAUCGUACAGUUUUCAUCGUAAUAAUCAGUUUGCUACUUCUUUAAAAAUGUAACUCUACGCAAACGUCUCCCAAAUAGGACAGUAAUAUUUAUGCAUAGAGAUUUUAAUGUCUUCAUUGUACGGAGUUUAGUCAAGUUAAGCCGUCAAAGCAUUAUAAUUAUUAAUCUAUUUCGGCUAAUUCUUGGUUUUUUCUGAAAUUAUAUCAGAUCUCAAUUGAAUAUCGAUUUAGUAUUAUUAUUUUUUAGAUGAAUUUUGCUUAAAGUUCUAAUAACCAAAGAAACCUAUUUAAGGUAUUUAAAACGAAUCUUACUUAACUAGUCCAAUUUAUUAAAAUUAAAUUUCAUUCAAACCAAGUAAAAUAAGAACUUUGACAGUUUUUCUACAGAAAGUUAAAAGCGCCACUCUUAACACAACCUAUUCAAUUGUAAGUUGGCACUUAUAUGUAACCUUA